GAGGCGGAAGUGAAAGCAAUUUGAUAAGCAACAACAACACUGACUCUUCUGAUGAGUUUUGUGUCUCCUGGAGGAGCUGUAACCCACUCAUGGCCCUGCCCGCUCAGCUCAGACCCAUCCAGCACUACCUGCGGACCGCUCAGGAGCAUGAGAACCGGGACCCGGUCGUGUCUUAUUACUGUCGGCUCUACGCCAUGCAGACGGGCAUGAAGCUGGACAGCAAAACUCCCGAGUGCCGCAAGUUCCUGGUCAAACUCAUGGACCAGCUGGAGUCGAUGAAGAAGGAGCUGAGCGACAACGAGUCCAUCACUCAGGAGGUGGUCGGAAAUGCCCACAUUGAAAACUACGCCUUAAAACUGUUCCUGUACGCCGACAACGAGGACCGAGCCGGACGAUUCCACAAGAAUAUGAUCAAGUCCUUCUACAGCUCCAGUCUUCUGAUGGACGUCCUCUCUGUCUUUGGAGAGCUUUCAGAGGAGAACAUUCAGCACAGGAAGUACGCCCGCUGGAAGGCCACCUACAUCCACAACUGUCUGAAGAAUGGAGAGACCCCUCAGCCUGGGCCCAUCGCCAUGGAGGGGGACGAGGAAGCAGAUGAGUUUGGAGCCGAGGGUUUCUCGGUUCCGGGCCCCUCUCAUGGAGGCUCCUUCAGGGCCGACCCUCACUCAGAGGACCAGAGUUCGGCUCCGGGUCCCGCCCCGGGAAUCGGCUUCGCUUCAGGUCCCGGGUCAGUUCCGACGGGCCCCCCCGCCACGAACUACAACAACAUCCAGAUCCCGCCGGGGGCCCACGCUCCAGCCAACACUCCAGCAGAACCUUCAGAUGCUUGUAAACCUGCAGCUGCAGCCCGAUCAGGUCCAACUGUCGACCCGUCUCUGCUGAACGCCCAGCAGCAGGGUGGCGUUCAGCUCACCCCUGAAGACUUCACCCGGGCCCAGAAGUACUGUAAGUACGCGGGCAGCGCUCUGCAGUACGAGGACGUCAGCACGGCGGUCCAGAACCUCCAGAAAGCCCUGAAGCUCCUCACCACCGGCAAAGAAUGAGCUCUUUGUCCCCGCCCCCCUCCCCCGCCUCUAUCUGUCACUGAUACGACUCGCAGCGGGCCGACGUUCAGAAACAGUCUGUUCACGUCAGACCAGGACACGAUGGAAAUCAGCUAGAACAAAGACGCCCUGUGUGGUUCUGACUGACGGGACUACGAACCGACCAACUGCAGGACAUGUGGACUCUGACUGAGAUCAAAGCCUCGUUGAUGACCCCCCGCUCAUCAGCUCGUUAAGAGUUCGUUUAAAAUUCAUCAUUGCUUUCAUUAUUUACUUCCUGUUCAUUUUAUCUUCAUUUAACUAACAGAACAGGACCAAAAUCAAGUCCUUCAGUUCUUCCUUUCCUUUAAAAUGUUAAAAAUAAAUAAAUUUAUUUGUUUCCAUCAGUUUGAAUCUGUUCAAAGAUAAAACGUUUCUCACCUGUAUUCACCGAGGAUCAGUCUGGAUCUGCUGCAGGUUUAAAAUGGACCAUCUGUGGAAUCGGAUCUGUGCUUUAGUUCUCCGCAAAAAAUGUAAAAUCUAAAACAUUUAUUGUUUCUGAAUUAAUUUUCACAAAUUCAGUUCCUGGCAGUAAGGGUUCAAAUAUCUACCUGCAGCAGGUAAGAUAUUAACUUUCUCUUCAACACAUCUGAACCGUCCCACCCUUAAAUUAGUUAGAUGUAAUAUGUCAGGUUAGCUUAGUUUAUCACAAAGAUUAGGAGGGAAGACAAACUGUUAGCAUGGUGAGCAGAAGUUUCUCCUCCUGCUGACCAACAGACUCACUAACUGAACCGGGUCAGGUCUCCAACAACAGGACCACUGUCUGUUUUUGGUCCAAACACAGACCAGAACCCGUUAGGACUGUUCCGGUUCCAUCGCUGAUUUCUGAGACACAUCCAGUCAGUUUGACCCACAGUUCAGAUGAUUCAGAACAAACUAAAGACGAGGAGGACGGUUCUGUCAGAGCGAGGUCCGCAAAUGGUUUCUUUACUGGUUUAUUCUGACGUCUGACUGGAGGAGAGGUGGAGGUUUUUAUACUUUCGGCUUUAGAUUUUUUAACUUUAAUUCUUUACGUUUCAACAGAAUUUCUACAGAUUGAAUAAAAUAUUUGAAAUCA